AUUCAUUCUUUUGCUUUCUUUAAGUUCAAAACCCCAAGAAAAAUUGAAACUUUUUUCUUUAAAUGUAAAUUGUUUUGUUUGGACAUGGCUACAAAUAUAUAGUUAAUUUGUUUUAUAUUAAUUGGCUUAUAUAACAUUGCCUUUGCUCCUAUUUAACUUAUUUAAAAUUCUUUUUAACCAUCAACUUACCAUCAUCCAUCAAUAUUUUUUAACUUUGGGUUCUUGAUGAGAUUUGUUAUUUGAUGCCAGGGUAGUCUUAGGAGAAAUCAACAAGAUUUGCCAUCAUCAAAGUUUGCAUCUUCUAGAAAAAAAAAAAACUUAAACUUGUCUGAAAUUCCAUUACCCACCAUAUGAUUACAACUUGAAUUUGACUUCAAUGACAUGAAAAUCUCAGCUUUAGGAACUGGCUUUGUUCUUUUAACUAAUAAAGCCCUUAAAUUCCAUCCAUUUUUUGAACGCUUCUUAUCUUAUUCUUGUAAUAUCUCAGUUGGUAGAGACCCCAAAACCAUUGCCUCUGCUCUCUCUCUAUCUGAAAAUACAAAAUCAUUGAUUUUAGGUGCUCAAAUACAUGGUCAUAUGUGUAAAUUGGGGUUCGAUUAUGAUACUUUCUCCAUGAAUAAUCUGCUUAAGAUGUACUGUAGAUGUGGGUUUAUGUGUGAAGGCUUUAAGGUGUUUGAAGAAAUGCCUCAGAGAAAUGUAGUGUCUUGGAGUUUGAUCAUUUCAAGUUUGCCUGAGAAUGGUGAGUUUGAAUUGUGCUUGGAGAGUUUUUUGGAGAUGAUGAGGGAUGGGUUGAUGCCUAAUGAGUUUACUUUUGGUAGUGUUAUGAAGGCGUGUGCGGAUGUUGAAGCCUAUGGAUUUGGUUCGGGUGUUCAUUGUCUUUCUUGGAAACUUGGGAUAGAGCAGAAUGUCUUUGUUGGUGGUUCAACUUUGAGCAUGUAUGCAAGGCUUGGGGAUAUUACUUCUGCUGAGUUGGUUUUUGAAUGGAUGGAGAAAGUAGAUGUUGGUUGUUGGAAUGCCAUGAUUGGAGGCUAUACUAACUGUGGUCUUGGCUUGAAAGCCCUGAGUGCUGUAUCUUUGUUAAACUGCAAGGGUAUAAAGAUGGACAAGUUCACCAUUGUUAGUGCUAUCAAAGCAUGCUCGUUGAUUCAGGAUUUAGAUUCUGGAAAAGAGCUUCAUGGGUUCAUCCUUCGGCGAGGAUUAAUAUCCACUGCAGUAAUGAAUGCUCUCAUGGAUAUGUACUUCAUAAGUGACAGGAAGAACUCUGCUCUAAAAACCUUUAACAGUAUGCAAACCAGAGACAUUAUAUCAUGGAACACAGUAUUUGUAGGCUCCUCCAAUGAAAAUGAAAUCGUAGACUUGUUUGGCAAGUUCAUGAUAGAAGGCAUGAAGCCUAACCAUAUCACUUUCUCGGUGCUAUUUCGGCAAUGUGGAGUACUACUUGAUUCCAGACUUGGGUUUCAGUUCUUUUCUCUUGCAGUACAUUUAGGUUUUCUUGAUGAAACUAGGGUGUUGAGCUCAAUUAUUAGUAUGUUUUCUCAAAUUGGGUUAAUGGAGAUGGUACACUCAGUGUUUGACUCUCUAGUUUUCAAACCUGUAUCUGCUUGGAAUCAGUUAAUUUUGGCAUAUAGCUUGAAUUCUUUUGAAAUGGAAGCCUUCAGAACCUUUUCCAGUCUAUUGAGAUAUGGUGUUGUAGCAAAUGAGUAUACUUAUUCCAUCAUUGUAGAGACUGCCUGCAAAUCUGAGAACCCACGGAUCUGCAGACAACUUCAUUGUGCUUCAUUGAAGGCUGGUUUUGGUUCUCACAAGUAUGUUUCCUGUUCAUUGAUAAAAUGCUAUAUCUUAAUAGGAUCCCUUGAAAGUUCCUUUGAGAUCUUUAAUCAACUUGAGAUUGUAGACAUGGCGACCUAUGGAGCUGUGAUAUCUACCUUGGUUCACCAAAAUCAUAUAUAUGAAGCCAUUAUGUUUCUGAAUAUUCUAAUGGAAUCUGGCAAGAAGCCCGACGAAUUUACUUUCGGCAGCAUAUUGAAUGGCUGCUCUAGCAGGGCGGCUUAUCACCAAACAAAAGCAAUCCAUUCACUUGUAGAAAAGAUGGGAUUUGGCGUCCAUGUGCAUGUUGCUAGUGCAAUUAUAGACGCAUAUGCAAAAUGUGGCGAUAUAGGAAGUGCACAAGGAGCAUUCGAACAGUCAUGUCAGUCCAAUGAUGUUAUUGUAUAUAAUUCUAUGAUGAUGGCGUAUGCUCAUCAUGGUCUUGCUUGGGAAGCGAUCCAAACUUUUGAAAAAAUGAGGAUAGCUAAAGUACAGCCUAGUCAAGCCUCAUUUGUCUCAGUUAUUUCAGCCUGUGGUCACAUAGGUCUUGUAGAACAAGGUCGUUCUUUAUUUCAAACAAUGAAGUCGGAUUAUAGUAUGACACCAUCUCGUGACAAUUAUGGUUGCUUAGUCGAUAUGCUGGCAAGGAAUGGAUUCCUUUACGAUGCUCGAUAUAUAAUUGAGUCGAUGCCUUUUUCACCUUGGCCUGCCAUAUUGAGAUCUUUGCUCAGUGGAUGUAGGAUCUAUGGAAAUAGAGAAUUGGGGCAAUGGACUGCUGAAAAGUUACUUUCAAUGGCUCCACAAAAUGAUGCAACCUAUGUAUUAUUAUCAAAGGUGUAUUCUGAAGGGAAUAGUUGGGAAGAUGCUGCAAAUAUAAGAAAGGAGAUGACAGAUAGAGGGGUUCUGAAAGACCCAGGAUAUAGCAGGGUUGAGACAUAAGAAAAAGGAAAUAGAAUUAGAUGCAUUGAUUUCCCCUAACUAUAUUUCUGGGAGAUUUUGAAACUUAUUGUUUCAAAGCAGCUUGCGAAAUUCUCAUGUGAAACCUCGACAUGCUUUUCACUUGUCUUCUAUGAAGCUCCGCGGCAUUGGAGGCAAACAUCUCUUUCCAAGAGUUGCCAUGAUCUACACUUAUCACCAAAGUUUUUAAGUGCUAAAUACAGAUAAGAGACAAUCCAGCCUGGACAUAAGCAUCGAACAUCGGAUAUCGGUUUGGCUUGCGUGGAAUUAUAAGGUGAGUCGGUUUCCUAUUGGAUUAUAUUUUAGGAAUGACAUCAAGUCACUAACAAGACUUCCACUAAUGGCUGAACUCUUUUGUGAAGGAUGCAAUGUCUCUUGUUGAUGCUGAUAGACAAAUAACAAAUAUCAUGACAUGUUUGGAAUGACUUUCUAAGUAGUUAAAAAAAUAUUUUUAAACACUUGAAAAGUCAUUCCAAACAAACGUUUUAAUUUCAUCGGUAGAAUUACAUAGUUUCUUUCCUUGCAUCAGCAUUUUUUAGUGGAUUAGAUGAAUUUAGGCCUCAAAAGCUUUGGUGAAUUUAUACACUGUCAUCUGUCUUGCCAAAUGCUUUGAGUUAGAUAAUUAACGCAAGUCAACAACAAUCCAAAACAAGCAGGGUUUUGGGGUUGGGCCUUUUGGACAUAAUCCAUCAGAUUAAAAUUGUUUUGGACCGUUGGAUUGGGCCUGAUAUGGACCAAAACAACCGGCCCACGUGUCGACCGGAACUCCAAAAUGUUGGUUUGUAUCCAAUCUUAGAAAAUUGAUGGGUCGGGUCGAGUUGGCUUGUUAGUCUUUGAUUUUGAUGGGAUUAACUCUUCUGUUUAUUUAAUUUUUUUAAAAAAAUAAAUUUAUAAAUCAUUUCAUGUUUUUAAUUAACUGAAAAAAUAAGUAAAAAUAUGCUUGGAUAAUAAUUCAUUCUUUUGCUUUCUCAUGUUCCAAUGCCCAAAAAAAAUUGAAACUUUGUCUUUAAAUGUAAAUUAUAUUGUUUGGACUUUGGUACAAAUAUGUAAUUGAUUUGUUUUAUAU